AUGAGUGCGUUGUUCGCCGUCUGUGUGCUGCUGGUCUCGCUGUCUGCCGGGCUGUUGGCAGUCGCAGCCUGGCUGUGGGCCACCCGCCGCCGGACGUCGAUCCCAGGACCCCCGACUCUGCCGCUGCUGGGAAACGCGCUCAGCUUCUACAAGAUGCCCGUGCUGGUGGGCCGCCUCACGGAACUGCACAGUCGCUACGGAGACAUCUUCAGGUUGUACUUGGGCCCGAAGCUGCUGAUCGUGCUGACACAGCCGGAAGACGUGCAGAAGGUGCAGGUGACCAGCAAACCGCAAGUACGCGAUCCGCACGCCGCACAGUUCUUACGCACGUUCAUGGGAGAAGGGCUGCUCUGCGUCAACGGCGACAAGUGGAAAAGGCACAGAAAGAAAAUCGAACCGGCCUUUCAUACAGAAGAGCUGGAGAAAUUCGUGGGGAAAUUCAACCACAUUGCAUACUUGUUGGGCGAGCGGCUGGCAGAAAGGAAAGGAGAAGAGGUGGACCUAUACCACCCACUCGUCCUGAGUACCGUACGCGCAGUGUUCGCCACUAUUUACGACAUCGACCUGGAAAGCAUCUUCCCAGAUAGGCGUGGACAGGAUGAGGUGGUUGAUCUACUCACUGAUUUCGGAAAAGCUAUAUCGGAAAUGAUGUACCAUCCAUGGAAAAUGAUCAAUGUGAUGAGGUGGAUGACUGCAGAGGGUCGGGUGCUGACAAGAUUUAAUAAUGUUUGCAGAUAUAUGAUUGACAAUGGCUUCCUCUUAGCCAAUAAAAAACUCAGUGGCUUAAAGGGCAAUGAAAGAUCACUACUGGCUUGUCUUAAAGAAAAUAAUUCAAAAGCACUAUUUACUGAUAAGGAAAUUCAUGAUGAAGCAAGAACACUAGCCAUUUCUGGCGUCGAGACCACUUCUUGCUCGAUGGGCUACAUGCUGUGCCUGCUGGGACUCUACCCAGAGUGGCAAGACCUGGCGCAGCGGGAGCUGGACGAGCAUUUCGGAACUGGUGGCGACUACUUACGACCUGUUACCACUGCAGAUCUUUCCCAGCUUAAAGUCAUCGACGCCAUUAUAAAGGAGAGUGGGAGGCUGAUGACAACGGUGCCCUUCAUGCCGUACCUGGUGACCGAGGACACACCGCUGGCUGGUGGCCGGCACGUCGUUCCCCAGGGCAGCACGGUGAUGAUCUCCUACUACCUGGUGCACCGCCACCCCGACCUCUUCCCGGAGCCGGACAAGUUCGACCCCGGCCGGUUCCUGGAGGGCGGCAGCGCCACGUCCAGGAAAGCCUACAGCUACAUCCCCUUCGGCGUCGGCUCGCGCAAGUGCGUAGGCGCCCGAUAUGCCGUUCUGCAGAUGAAGGUCCUCCUGGUGACGGUUCUACGGCGCUUCCGCAUACUGCCCGGAACGACCAGGCAGCAGCUGGAAGAGAGUGUGCUUUCAAUAAUAGCACAUCCAGUCACUGGUUUCAGAGUCACUUGCGUCCCACGAGACAACAUGCCUUCCAAUUCGGUGUAAGAGUGGAUUGUGCUGGAAAAUUACAUAGCUGCAAAAUUUCAGCUGCUGUUUAAGUUUAGAAGGUCAGUUCACACUGAACAACUGUACGGAUGGUGACGUCACUGUGAAUGGAUGGUGUUUUUACAC